AUGGGGCUCAAGAAGCUCCGCCUUCUCCACUCGCUGGCCGCCCUCUGCACUCUCCUCAGAGCACCUAAAUCUUUAUUAGGUGACGUUUGGGCAAAAAAGAAAAUCCCUGAAACUGUCGCCCACUUGGUUCAGGACAAGCGGAAUAGAGGCGCCUCUGCUUGCAGACAUCGAGAUUUGGCGGGAAGGGAACAUGAAAAAUGGCGAAAGGACCGGGAUAAAGUAAUUACACGGGGAAGAAAACUCAAAUCACGCAGUUCGAGCAGUCGUGAUCCUUCGUUGGUACCUGACCCCGAAAUGCAAGAAAAUUAUCAGAGAAAUAGAAAACUGCAAGAACUGCCCAAAGUAAGACAGCAAGUUGUUAGACCUAUUGAGAUAUUUUGCUUUGCUGAUGGACUGGACAUCAUACUCAUGAUCCUAGGAUUACUAGCAUCACUAGUAAAUGGGGCCUGUCUUCCUGUAAUGUCACUGAUUUUAGGAGAAAUGAGUGACAGCCUUAUCAGUGGAUGUCUAGUCAAAACCAACACAACAAAUUAUAGGAACUGUACUCAGUCUCAAAAGAAGGUGAAUGAAGAUAUGAUUGUGUUGAUCCUGUAUUAUGUUGGAAUAGGAGUUACUGCCUUGGUUUUUGGCUACAUACAGAUUUCCUUUGGGGUUAUAACUGCAGCUCGACAGACCAAGAGACGAAAACAGUUUUUUCAUUCAAUUUUGUCUCAGGACAUCAGCUGGUUUGACAGUUGUGACAUCGGUGAACUUAAUACUCGCAUGACUGAUGACAUCAACAAAAUCAAUGAUGAUAUUGGAGACAAGAUUGCUCUGUUGUUUCAAAACAUGUCUACAUUCUCUGUUGGCCUGGCGAUUGGUUUGGUGAAGGGCUGGAAACUCACCCUGGUGACUCUGUCCACAUCACCUCUUAUAAUUGCUUCAACAGCCAUGUUUUCUAGGAUAGUUAUCUCAUUGUCCAGUAAGGAAUUAAAUGCUUAUUCCAAAGCUGGGGCUGUAGCAGAAGAAGUCUUGUCAUCAAUCCGAACAGUCAUAGCCUUUGGGUCCCAGGAAAAAGAAAUUCAAAGGUACACACAGAAUCUAAAAGAUGCAAAGAAAGUUGGCAUGAAAAAAGCUAUAGCUUCGAAACUCUCUCUUGGUGCUGUGUACUUCUUUAUGAAUGGAACCUAUGGACUUGCUUUUUGGUAUGGAACCUCCUUGAUUCUUAGUGGAGAACCUGAUUAUACCAUCGGAACUCUUCUUGCUGUUUUUAUUAGUGUAAUCCAUAGUAGUUAUUGCAUUGGAGCAGCAGCCCCUAGCUUUGAAACCUUCACUAUAAUAGCUAGAGGAGCCACCUUUAAUAUUUUCCACAUUAUUGGUAAGAAACCUGCUAUAGAUAAGUUUUCAACAACAGGCUAUAAAUUGGAAUGCAUAGAAGGAAAUGUGGAAUUUAAAAAUGUUUCUUUCAGUUAUCCAUCAAGACCAUCUAUAAAAAUUCUGAAAGGUCUGAAUCUCAGAAUUAAGUCUGGAGAGACAGUAGCCUUGGUUGGCCCCAAUGGCAGUGGGAAGAGUACAGCAGUCCAACUUCUGCAGAGGUUAUAUGAUCCUGAUGAUGGCUUUAUCACGGUGGAUGGUAACGACAUCAGAACUUUAAAUGUGCAGCAUUAUCGAGAACAUUUUAGAGUGGUCAGCCAAGAGCCUGUUUUGUUUGGGACCACCAUUAAUAACAAUAUUAGAUAUGGACGAGAUGGCGUGACUGAUGAAGACACUGAGAAAGCAGCAAAGGAAGCAAAUGCUUAUGAUUUUAUAAUGGAGUUCCCCAUGAAAUUUAAUACCUUGGUAGGGGAAAAAGGAGCUCGAAUGAGUGGAGGACAGAAACAGAGAAUCGCAAUGGCUCGAGCUUUAGUUCGAAACCCGAAGAUUCUGAUCUUAGAUGAGGCUACUUCUGCCCUAGAUACAGAAAGCAAAUCAGUGGUUCAAGCCGCACUGGAGAAGACAAGUCUUCCUGAAGUUUCUCUAUUAAAAAUUUUUAAAUUAAACAAGUCUGAAUGGCCUUCUGUGGUUCUGGGGACAUUGGCUUCUGUUCUAAAUGGAACUGUUCAUCCAGUAUUUUCCAUCAUCUUUGCAAAAAUUGUAACUAUGUUUGAAAAUGAUGAUAAAACCACAUUAAAGCAUGAUGCAGAAAUUUAUUCUAUGAUAUUUGUAAUUUUGGGUAUUAUUUGCUUUGUCAGUUAUUUCAUUCAGGGAUUAUUUUAUGGCAGAGCAGGGGAAAUUUUAACCAUGAGAUUAAGACACUUGGCAUUUAAAGCCAUGUUAUAUCAGGAUAUCUCCUGGUUUGAUGAUAAGGAAAACAGCACAGGAGCCUUGACAACAAUAUUAGCCAUAGAUACAGCACAAAUUCAAGGAGCAACAGGUUCAAGGGUUGGUGUCUUAACACAAAAUGCAACUAACAUGGGACUUUCAGUUAUCAUUUCCUUCAUAUAUGGAUGGGAGAUGACACUCUUGAUUCUGAGUAUUGCUCUGGUACUUGCUCUGACAGGAAUGAUUGAAAUGGCAGCAAUGACCGGAUUUGCCAACAAGGAUAAGCAAGAACUUAAGCAUGCUGGAAAGAUAGCAACCGAAGCUGUAGAGAAUAUAUGCACUACAGUGUCAUUAACAAGAGAAAAAGCCUUCGGGCAAAUGUAUGAGGAGACGCUUCAGACUCAGCACAGAAAUACCUUGAAGAAAGCACAGAUCAUUGGAAUCUGUUAUGCAUUCAGCCAUGCCUUUGUAUAUUUUGCCUAUGCAGCGUGUUUUCGAUUUGGAACUUAUUUAAUUCAAGCAGGACGAAUGACCCCAGAGGGCAUGUUCAUAGUUUUUACUGCAAUUGCAUAUGGAGCUAUGGCCAUUGGAGAAACACUUGUUUUGGCACCUGAAUAUUGGAGAGCCAAAUCUGGGGCUGCACAUCUGUUUGCUUUGUUGGAAAAGAAACCAACUGUAGACAGCUAUAGUCAAGAAUAGAAAAAACCCGACAUAUGUGAAGGGAAUAUAGAGUUCCGAGAAGUCUCUUUCUUCUAUCCAUGCUGCCCAGAUGUUCUAAUCCUUCACAGUUUAUCCCUCAGCAUUGAGAAAGGGAUAGCAUUUGUUGGGAGCAGUGGCUGUGGGAAAAGCACUUCUGUCCAACUUCUGCAGAGAUUUUAUGACCCAGUGAAAGGACAAGUGCUCUUUGAUGGUGUGGAUGCGAAGGAAUUGAACGUACAGUGGCUCCGUUCCCAAAUAGCAAUCGUUUCUCAAGAGCCUGUGCUAUUCAACUGUAGCAUUGCUGAGAACAUUGCCUAUGGUGAUAACAGCCGUGUCGUACCAUUGAAUGAGAUAAAAGAAGUAGCAAAUGCAGCGAAUAUCCACUCUUUUAUUGAGAGUCUCCCUGAAAAAUACAACACACAAGUUGGACUGAAAGGAACACAGCUUUCUGGCAGCCAGAAACAAAGACUAGCUAUUGCAAGGGCUCUUCUCCGAAAACCAAAAAUUUUAUUGUUGGAUGAGGCCGCUUCAGCUGAUAAUGAGAGUGAAAAGGUGGUUCAGCAUGCCCUUGAUAAGGCCAGUAAGGGGAGGACGUGCCUCGUGGUGGCUCACAGACUCUCCAUGAUACAGAGCGCAGAUUUGAUAGUGGUUCUGCACAAUGGAAAAAUUAAGGAACAAGGAACUCAUCAAGAGCUCCUAAGAAAUCGAGACAUAUACUUUAAAUUAGUAAGUGCACAGUCAGUGCAGUGA